AUGGAUCAUACAGACAGUCAAAAGCCAGAGUUUGAAAAAAUCUAAGGUUUUGCUACCAAAGUUAUCAUUGAUUGCGACCCAGGUGGAGAUGAUGCACAUGCUAUUCUCCUUGCAUAAUAUUUAUCAAAAGCUUUCAAUGUACAAAUACUCGGAUUGACAACAGGAGGAGGAAAUCAGACUGUAGACAUGGUGACAAAAAACUCAUAAAUUAUAAUUGAUAUCCAUGGUGAAACUGGGUUUUUAGUUCAUAAGGGAACUCAGAGAGAUGAUAUUUUGCACAUAUAAGAUGGAUUUUUCGGUAAAGAUUCAUUUGGUGGUUAUCAAAGCAAGUAUCAAGAAAUCAAUGGUGAGAUAGGCGAUAAGCAUUUAUCUAAGCAAACAGCCAUUGAAUUCCUCCUUGAAUAAGUUAAUCAAUAUCCAAAUGAAAUCACCCUUAUUUGUAUGGGUUGUUUCACCAACAUCCAAAAUGCUCUUAAAUAGCUGCCAGAUUUUCUUGAAAAACUUAAGAACAUUGUAGUAAUGGGAGGAACUCAUUCUGGUGUAGGAAAUGCACCAAAUUGGGUAUCUGAGUAUAAUUUUCAUGGGGAUCCAAAUGCUGCUAAACAAAUCUUUGAAAAAGCAAAAAAUAUCACAAUGAUUUCUUUCGAUCUAUGUUAUGAUUAUUACAAUAACAUGAGCGAGCAAGAUUAAGCUACUAUUUUCGGUUAGAAUACUAAAUUGGCAAACUUUAUUAGAUAGUCUAACAGCUAAGCUUAUAUAAAAGGCAAAAGAUAUUCGAUAUGUGAUCAGGUUGCUGUUGCGGUAGCAUUAGAUCCAAGAAUUGUUCUUGACUAUGAGCAAAAGUAAUGCAAAAUAUUUGAUGAUAAAGAUGAAUCUACAAGAGGAAUGGUUGCGAUAAAUUGGAUUGAAUUCUACAACAUAAAGGAUCAACCAAAAGUCAACAUCGUAACUAAAAUAGACUAGAAAUUAUUGAGUAUGUACCUUAGGGACUGCUUGAAAGAUGGUUUAGAUGUCUUUUCAAAUUUCUAGCAUGAGCGUCAAGAAAAUUAGAAAGCUUUAAGUGCAUAUCUAGAGGCUUUAGGAAUUCCUGACUACCUAGAGAUCGAUCCAUCUUUAGGCUCUCUCUUAAUGAUCCAGAUGAAACAUCUAGAAAGAUUUCCUCUUUGCGAUCUUAUUACUCAUCAAAAUCUAGAUUAUGAUUUCUACUCAUUAUACUUCUUUACUAUGUUUUAAAGCAACUAAACUUUGAAGUUGAGAUUAUUAAAUCAACAAAUUUGA